AUGCCGCCCCAAAACUAUGCAGCAUACACCGUCGACAAGAAUAGCAAGCGGCUCGAGGUUCGCCUCGCCCCGUAUACUGCACCUGGCCCUGACGAGCUUGUCAUCAGGAACAAGGCGGUCGCGAUCAACCCUGUGGAUAUAGGCUUACAGAUAUCGGGCAGCCUUAUAUUUCCGUGGGUUAAGUAUCCUCUCAUUAUAGGCAAUGACGUCUCUGGGGUAGUGGAGGAGGUCGGGUCUGGCGGCAGGGUGAACAAGCUAUUCAAGCCUGGCGACCGCGUCGUCGGUCAUGCCGUUGGCACGGACAAGCGUGCCAACAAAUCCAGCGAGGGCGCCUUCCAGAAGUAUACAGUGUUACGAUGCGAUCUGACGUCCAAGAUCCCCGGAACUCUGUCUCACGAACAGGCUAGGAUUCUUCCGCUUGCACUGUCGACAGCGGCCUGUGGCCUUUUCAUGAAGGAUUAUCUCGCAAUGCCGAUACCGAAACCUCGACCUGAGGGCAGUGGCACAGCGUCCGUCGAACCUCGCGGUACUGUAGUCAUUGUGUGGGGAGGGUCGACCAGCGUGGGAAGCAAUGCCAUUCAACUCGCCCGGGCUGCAGGCUACGAGGUCUUGGCCACUUCGUCGCCAAAGAACUUCCAGUACCUGAGGAGCAUCGGUGCAUCCAUGGUCUUUGAUUACAAACAUGUUGAUGCAGUUCCGGAUAUCAUUGGUGCCUUGAAAGCCAAGACCUGUGCUGGGGCCGUGGCCACUGGUGUCGGGUCUCUUGAGGCAUGCAUUGAUAUAGUCGCGGCCGUGCCCGGCCGCAGAUUUGUCUCUCAGGCAAGCAAUUCCAUGGACAUGAGCGCCUUGCCCACAAGCUCGGUUGGGCUUAUAUGGACCAUGUUGAAGCUUGUGUGGUGGAACAUCUCGGUUUGUUUCAGGGCCAAGUUCAGGCGUGUGUCGAUAAAGGUCAUUUGGAGUAGCGACACUAUGAGCAACGAAGUGGGCCCAGCAAUUUAUAACGAUUUCUUACCGGACGCAUUAGCAAAGGGACGAUAUCAGGCGAAGCCCGACGCGAUACUCGCAGGAAGUGGACUCGAACAUCUCCAGAACGCCAUCGAUCUCUUAAAGAGGGCGUCUCUGCUACCAAAUUGUUGUUUCUCUUCCAGACGCUGCUGA